CUAAAUAUUGACUUGUUACGUCAACAAUCCAGGUGAAAAGUCAUGCAGUGGAUCACGUGACCGUCGACCGUCCUCUAGUAGUGGACUACUUCCGGUCUGUACGUGCGUUAGCUAGCUAGCGAGCUAGCCGGCUGCUUGCUUCGUAUCGCUAUGGCUUUCUUUACUCAUCAACUGUGCAGAGGUUUCUCCUCCUCGUCUUUUAGGAGCGCCGCCAUUAAACAUGUUGUCAUCAUUGGAGGAGGACAAAUGGGUGCCGGAAUCGCUCAGGUUGCCGCAACCACAGGCCACCAAGUGACGCUGGUAGACACAUCUGACACCAUUUUGAAGAAGUCGGUGAAAGGCAUGGAGGCCAGCUUGAAGAGAGUGGUGAAGAAGAAGUACGCCGAUAAGCCAGAGGCCGGUGAGGCCUUCAUCCAGAAGGCUCUCCAGAAUAUCUCCAUCUCCACAGACACCCCCUCUGCAGUCCAGAGCACGGAUCUGGUGCUGGAGGCCAUUGUGGAAAAUCUUCAAAUCAAACAGGAUCUUUUCGCCGGGCUCGACAAGGUGGCGCCGAAACACACCAUCUUUGCCAGUAACACGUCUUCGCUGCCCAUCAUGGACAUCGCUAGCGCCACCACCAGGCUGGACCGCUUUGGCGGCCUGCACUUCUUCAACCCCGUCCCAAUGAUGAAGCUUGUUGAGGUCAUCAGGACGUCUGCGACAAGCCAGGAGACGUUCGAUUCCCUCCUGAGCUUCGGAAAAGCGCUGGGCAAGACCACCGUGUCCUGCAAGGAUACACCAGGAUUCAUCGUCAACCGCCUCCUCGUCCCCUACAUGAUGGAGGCCAUCCGUCUGCACGAGAGAGGUACGGGACGGACCCGUUUAUUGACAAUAUUGAUCUUCAAAAGCGAGAAAACUAAGACUCCAUUUUCAGGUCACGGCUCCAAGGAAGACAUCGACAUUGCCAUGAAGCUGGGCGCCGGUUAUCCAAUGGGACCCUUUGAACUGCUGGACUACGUUGGAUUGGACACGGCCAAGUUCAUCAUGGACGGAUGGAGCCAAAUGGACCCCAACAACCCGCUCUUUGGCCAAAGCGACUUGCUCAACAAGUUGGUUGCUGAGGGUAAAUUUGGCAAAAAGACUGGAGAAGGAUUCUACAAGUACAAGUAACCUCACCACCACAACGUUGGAAGGACUUACGAUGAUGUGCCUUGUGCUUCAAUGACCAGGUGACUAAAUGAUGACUUGACUUACCGGAUGACUGAAAGUAGAGUUGGAAAAAAUCUCAAUUAGUCAUUAAAAAUAAAUGAGCUUUACUCUAAUAGACGCCAUGCUCCAAUCAAUUACAUUUACCUUUAUAAAUUAUACAUCUGUGGUAAAAAGAACAUAAUGAUUUGUUUCAAUAUUUAUAUAGGUAAAAUGUGUUUCAACAAAUAAACACCAUGCUCAUAAUA